AUGAGCAGCUCGGGAGAACGAUUCACAGAUGUUGAUCUCUCAAACAAGCGUUUGCCAGCAUGUUAUGGCUACAUUACAUGGAAAACACUACCUCUCGAGCAAGCUAUGGGAGAUCUACGAGAUUUUCUUCCUGAAAUCAAUCGAUUUGUUAAAUUGGCCAAGAAACAUUGUACAUUUCCAAAUGACGAUAAUUUAACCAAAGACGAAGCUGCUACUGUUUAUCUUUAUACCAUGGAAAUGUCAGACGACGCAUGCGUCUAUCGUAUAUUAAAUCAAACACUCCGUGCCGAAGAUCGAUCCAAAGUUCGUCCAUGGUUUGGAUAUUUAAAACUUCUAGAUUCUGCGACAUCGAAAUUACCCAAAGUUAAAGGUAUUGUCUGGCGUGGUCUUGAUAAAGAUGUUAGCCAGGCAUUCAAGAAAGGUCAAAAAAUAACUUGGUGGAGUAUAAGCUCGUGCUCGACAUCUGUUGAUGUCAUUUCUUCAUUUAUUGGUAAAACUCCCCAAAGUACAUUGUUUAAUAUUGAAUGUUCGACUGGAAAAUCCAUUGCAGCAUACACAUGUUACCCGCACGAAAAUGAAGUCAUUUUAAUGCCGGGCACAACGUUUGAAGUUGUAUCGGACCCGUUACAUCAUCAUGGCGGGUUACAUGUUGUACAUUUGAAAGAAAUCAAUGACGAUGAUGAUGACGAUGAUAAUGAUGAUGAACGACAAGAAGCGAGGGGAUUUGCAACUGCAACGGCUUCGACUAACAUUUCCGUAACGCAGAAAAUUAGCAAAAUGAGCUUAGAAUCUCCUAAACCAAGUCAGGCUACAGGCAGUGCUGCUGCUGUGCCGAAGAGUAAAUGGGCGCCAUAUCAACAAUCAUCGAAACCGCAAACUGCAAUAGAAUCUGGUAUGUUCUUGUGA